CUCACUACGCAGCGAUAGCGACAGCGAGAACUGAGAGAAAAGGGCAGAGCAGCGGGCGCGGCAGCCGAGGCAAAAACGACACCAACGGGCGGAUUUUUAAGUGCGCCGGCCCGUCCCCUUCCGUUCCCCCGUGCCCUCCUAUUUUCCCUUUCUUUUUUACCGGAGGAGGAAAAGCGCCGUCUUCUCGCUAGCUCGGGUAGCCGCUCGGAGGCCAACAAGCGCGUGCUUGCUAGGUGUCCAUGGCUGCGGCGCGGGCGUUCUUGUUCGUGCUCGCCGUGGCGGCGGCGUUCCUCUUCUUGGCCUGUGCCGAGGGAGCCGAAGUGGGCGCGGGGAAUGCCAAGAGGUCGCUGCAACGGCGGCGGCAGCUGCUGCGGCAGCGGCAGGUGCACAAGCACCUCAAGCGGCUCAACAAGGCGCCGCUCACCAGCAUUGAGAGCCCAGAUGGAGACAUCAUAGACUGUGUGCACAUCUCCAACCAGCCUGCCUUCGACCACCCUUUCCUCAAGAACCACACCAUCCAGAUGCGGCCUGCUUACCACCCAGAAGGCCUGUAUGAUGAGUCCAAGGUUGCAUCGCAGCAGAACACCCAGAUAAUCACCCAAAUGUGGCAUCAGAACGGCAAGUGCCCGGAGAACACCAUUCCAAUCAGGAGGACUAAGAAGGAGGAUGUCCUGAGGGCCAGCUCUGUCAGGAGGUAUGGCAAGAAGAGGCACAGGAGCACCCCAAACCCCGUGUCUGUUGAUCCUGACAUGCUCAACGAGAGUGGCCACCAGCAUGCCAUUGCAUAUGUGGAGGGGGAUAAGUACUAUGGAGCCAAGGCCACCAUCAAUGUGUGGCAACCAAAGAUUGAGCAGGGCAAUGAGUUCAGCCUGUCUCAGCUCUGGAUCUUGGGGGGUUCCUUUGGGCAGGAUCUCAACAGCAUUGAAGCAGGAUGGCAGGUUAGCCCAGACCUGUAUGGGGACAACAACACUAGACUCUUCACCUACUGGACUAGCGAUGCGUAUCAAGCAACAGGAUGUUACAACCUACUGUGCUCAGGAUUCAUCCAGAUAAACAAUCAGAUCGCCACGGGCGCCAGCAUCUUCCCUAUAUCCAACUAUGGUGGCUCCCAAUAUGACAUUAAUAUUUUGGUCUGGAAGGACCCAAAGGAGGGCAACUGGUGGUUGCAGUUCGGUAACGACUAUGUUCUGGGCUACUGGCCAUCCUUCCUCUUCUCCUACCUGGCAGAUAGCGCCUCCAUGAUCGAGUGGGGCGGCGAGGUGGUGAACUCGGAGCCUGACGGCAGCCACACCUCCACACAAAUGGGCAGCGGCCACUUCCCCGAGGAAGGGUUCGGCAAGUCCAGCUACUUCAGGAACAUCCAGGUGGUGGACUCGUCCAACAAUCUCAAGGCGCCAAGGGGCGUUGGCUCGUUCACUGAGCAGUCCAACUGCUAUGACGUGCAGAACGGCAACAAUGGCGACUGGGGCACGUACUUCUACUAUGGCGGGCCCGGGAAGAACUCUAACUGCCCAUAGCAAAAAAAUUGAGCACCUUUCAGGGCCCUAACACCCCUUGACACCUGUAUCAUCCAGUAAAUUAGUUUAUACUACCUCAUUUUCUUCUUCUUUUUAUUUUUUUGGUUUUGGUCUUGGUUUCGGUUUCGUUUUACUUUUUUUACUUCUACCCCUAGUUUAUUAACUUCUAGGUGAGUGUGUUUGACAUGUGAAUUUGUUCUCUGCCUCAGAGAUCGAGAGAGAUGUUGGUCAUCUGGCUCUAGGGAGGAGUGUGAUGUGGUCAAGUUUCUAAAGAGAAACAAGCCUGUUUGAGUUGUAUUAUGCCUUGUGUCUGUCAAAUAAUUUUGCCCCCCCCCCCCCCCAAUGCCUUCAAGCUGUUUGUUGGAGCUGCUUGUCAAGUUGAGUUGAAUUUGUUUAA